AUGUUAAAGAUAAUAUCAUUUUCCCCCCACAGAUCAUACCAAUGUCAUAUACCUGGAGAAUUUAUAAAUUAUCGAAAUCAACACCAACUACAAUGGAUUCAGUCUAAACAUCACCUAUGUAUCCCAUCAUACGAUGGUCCUUGGUGUGUCUGCGCAGUCGCAGCAAGAGCCGGAAGAGAUGUCUUCGUCAUAGAUUUGUGUGGAGAAAAUAAAGUCAUCAGCUAUGAGCUGUGCGAGGACAAUGUUUUAAAAGUCACGAAAAUCUACGACAAAUACUAUAAGAUAUAUUUUCCCACUGGUACGUCACUGGCUAUUUAUAUUAUGGAUUGGAAUGGGCAUUAUAACAUCGACCUAGAAAUUCUCCCCUCUGCUAUGGAUGUAGGAAAUGCUGAUGGUUUGUGUGGAUAUUUUGAUGGUGUUAGGGAAAACGACUUCAGAAGACGAAACAGUACUAUUACAGAUAACAUCGGAUUGACAUCUCCUAAUGGUUUCUCCGAGUCAUGGAAGAUUAUGGACAACGAAAAUCUCUUUCGCGGUGACUCUGUAGUAUACAGCAGUUUGCAAUCUGUGUCCACCAUUCUUGUUCCUCACUGUACAUGCACAGAAAGCGGGAAAACCCAAUGCUCCUACAACACGUUCACACCCUGCAACUCAAACCGAGGCAAACAGUAUAAAUGUAACGUAGACCUUGUACAAAACAGAAGACGUAAACGGGAUGUGUCCGAUAUGUACAGGCAAAUGGAUCCUUUAAUUAGAAAGAAACGUACUAUUUCCUACGUACGGUCGACCGAAUACUCCGAAACAGUUUGCCUCCAGGCUUUUGAAAAUUCACGUGAAUACAACACCUGUCAACAAUAUGUAACCGACCUUAGUAAUGUAACAUUAUCCAACUGUAUUGAAGACAUAAGAAUGACAGGCGAUGAUAACCUAACGCAGAUUCACGUCGAAGCCGCUCUACAGCAGUGUUCCACGUUUGUUCUCUUGAAUGCCACACUGCAAGAAUCAGAACCGGAAGUUACCUAUACAAUACAAAACCUCUGUCCAAGCAACUGUACCGGACAUGGCACUUGUGAUGGAGGAAACUGUACAUGUGACGCUGGCUUUGGGGGGAGCGACUGCUCCUUUGAUUUUCUCGGACCUCCCACAAUUACAAGUGUUCCCAGUGCUGGUCUUUGUGAUCUCUCUACUACAACCUGCAAAGAGGCCACCAUCAUGGGAAAAUAUUUCUUUGAAAACAUGGACUCGAUAUGUUACCUUACCGUGAAACAGACUGAUAUUAACCAAACAGAAGAAAUUGAGCAAAAGAGACAGAUGAAUUUACAAGAGAGAACCUUAUUUGAGGGAUUCUGUCCGCUUCCGUAUGACACAUCUGGUAUGUGGAUGACUGAAAUCAGGUUUAACAUCUCCAAUGACGGAGUACGUUUUACAGACACGUAUAAGGUUAUUAUAUACCAGUCUCAUUGUCAAGAGUACCACAAUGAAUCCGGAAAUGUGUAUCUUACCCUAAAGGAAAAUUUUUGUUACAUCGAUAGCACAUGCAUUAGCCCCAUGCAGAAUAGUUCAAUCAAUGACUGUCUUUACUGUAAUGCAACAAAUGAUAAAUUCAACUGGACAGAAAAUGAAUGUAACCUGUGGACAAACAGCAACAGAAAGUAUGACAACAACAAUGAUCCACAGAGACACAGAAUCCACAUCGAUGAGCUCCACAGAACAAAUAGAAGAGACUACAACUUCUAUUACGACUGUUGA